AUGCAGCCGCUCGCCCCAGACCUUACGGCGCUCGAGCGCAUACGGCAGACAUUCGCACAGCCGGUCCUCGCGUCCUUUGUCGCAGGUGGUGUUGCGGGCGCGGUGUCAAGGACGGUUGUGUCGCCGCUUGAGCGGCUGAAGAUUUUGUUCCAGGUGCAGAGCGUGGGGCGGGAGGAGUACAAGAUGUCGGUUCCCAAGGCGCUGGCGAAGAUGUGGAGGGAAGAGGGAUGGAGAGGCUUCAUGGCGGGCAACGGCACAAACUGCAUUCGGAUAGUGCCGUAUUCUGCGGUGCAGUUUAUCGAGCAACUUCUGGAGCAACAUCUGAAGCGAGUGGAAGAGGAAGAGAAUGACUCGGCGAGCGUCCUACGGCAACAAGGAACACAACUGACCUAUCCUCAGUUCUUCGAAAGCGAACCCGGAGCACCCCUCGACGCAUACCAACGAUUGCUCUGCGGUGGCCUCGCCGGCAUCACCUCCGUAACAUGCACAUACCCGCUCGACAUCGUGCGAACACGCCUGUCCAUCCAAUCCGCCUCAUUCUCAAGUCUCAAGCGCGCAGAAGGCGAGAAGCUACCCGGCAUGUGGUCCCUCCUAGUAAACAUGUACAAAACCGAAGGAGGCUUCCCAGCUCUCUACCGCGGUAUAAUUCCCACCGUCGCCGGCGUCGCACCCUACGUCGGCCUCAACUUCAUGGUGUACGAAAUGGCACGGACAAAAUUCACACCCGAGGGCCAGAAAGAUCCCUCCGCGAUAGGCAAACUGGGCGCUGGCGCCGUCUCGGGCGCCGUGGCGCAGACAAUCACAUACCCCUUCGACGUGCUGCGGCGGCGAUUUCAAAUCAACACCAUGAGCGGCAUGGGAUACCAGUAUUCGGGCAUUUUCGAUGCGGUCAGCUCGAUUGUGCGCACCGAGGGCGUCCGCGGCAUGUACAAGGGCAUCGUGCCUAACUUGCUCAAGGUCGCGCCUAGCAUGGCGAGUAGCUGGCUCAGCUUCGAAAUGACGCGGGACAUGCUCAUGGGCAAGUGGAAUUCGGGCUUCUUAUAG